AUGUUGGCGGCUCCACUCCUGGUGGCUCUGCUCCAGGUGGCAGUGCUGCCCCCUGUCUUCAGCGGCGCGUACUACGGGCACAAGCCUCACCCGCAGCAGCACCAGCAGCACCAGCAGCACCUGCAGCACCCCCAGCACCCGCAGCACCCCCAGCACCCCCAGCACCCCCAGAUGCCCCAGAUGCCCCACAAGGGCCCCAUGGGCAACAAGGACAAGGGCUACAUGCACUACCAGCCGUACAGGAAGGACCUGUCACAGAUCCCACACUCCAACGACAAAGGACUCACCAUACCCCUGGGAGAGAUGGGUAUCCCUCAGGGCGAAACCGGACCUGUUGGACCUACAGGACCAGCUGGCCCGCCCGGUCCAGCAGGACCACCAGGACCUACAGGUAAUGGACUCCCGGGGCCAUUUGGAAAGCCCGGCCAACCUGGACCGCCAGGCAUCGCUGGAGUUGGAAAACCUGGAAUGCCAGGAGUGUCAGGGAAACCAGGGGGCCCAGGCCUACCGGGACCACCCGGAGAUCAGGGUCCCAGCGGAGGAGAGGGCCCAGAGGGAACAGCUGGUCCGCCUGGACUUCCAGGACCCCAUGGGCUGCCCGGUAUGGGUAAACCCGGAGGGCAGGGCCUUCCUGGUGCCCCGGGCCUGAAAGGAGAGCCUGGGCACAAGGGACUUCCAGGGCUUCCUGGCCUGCCAGGACCAAAGGGGGAUAAGGGGAUCGGGAUUCCUGGGUUGCCCGGCCACAAGGGGCUUGUAGGACCUCCAGGACGCCCCGGGCAGGGCGGUCUGCCAGGCAUUGGAAAACCAGGCAUGCCCGGGAUGCCGGGGCCACCAGGUGUGUCAGGCAAACCAGGACCUCAUGGAGAACCCGGACCUUCUGGCCCACCGGGGCAGGGGGGGCAUCAGGGAAUGCCCGGACCAGACGGAAUCGGUGAACCAGGGCUGGACGGCGAACCAGGACAACCAGGCCCACAGGGUGGCAAAGGACAACCAGGUCAACCAGGGUUGCCCGGGAAACCAGGUCUACCAGGAAUCGGCAAACCAGGAUACCCAGGACCAAAGGGAGAUAAGGGACUGGGAGGCCAGCCAGGUUCUGGUGGGCUGAAGGGAGACAGGGGACAAGGAGGUCCACCGGGAUCACUGGGCCCGCCAGGACCAAACGGGCCCCCCGGACCUCCGGGUCGCAUGGGGCCUCCAGGGGGUAUAGGUGUACCCGGACAGAGAGGUGACGGAGGACCUGUGGGUCCAAAAGGAGAAGUUGGUCCCAUUGGAGAAGCUGGACCCACAGGGUUACCAGGUGAUCACGGAGGCCCCGGAGAAGGAGGCGAGCCUGGGCAGAGAGGUCUGCCAGGGCCCACGGGCCCCCAGGGGGAGGGAGGACAGAAGGGUCCCCAAGGACCUCCGGGUGGACCUGGUCUGCCAGGCCUGAAGGGCGGGGGAGGCGCUCCUGGUCCAGAAGGGCCUCAAGGACCAAAGGGAAUCCCUGGAAUCUCAGGGCCCGGCGGCCCAAUUGGACCUCCUGGACCCACUGGACCAAAAGGAGAGGGAGGCGUACCGGGCCAACCUGGACCUGCGGGUGAAGGCAGCCCAGGUGUGGCAGGCCCCAGCGGACCUCCAGGAAACACAGGACCUGGCGGCCCACCUGGCCAACCGGGUCGACCCGGGGGUCCUGGACCUCCGGGCCCACCCGGAACCCCAGCACCUGUUCCCGACAUGGGGGCCGUGCUGCCAGAGAUGGGCCCGGCGCUGGACGGGGUGAAGACCUACAAGAAGGGGAAGUACGGCGGAGCUCCGGAGGUGAUCGCCAGCGGCCUGGAGAUGCCGGCCUUCACCGCCCAGCUCGACACGCCCUUCCCUCCGGUUGGCACGCCCGUGGUGUUCGACAAGAUCCUCUACAACGGCCGGCAGAACUACAACCCGCAGACGGGCGUGUUCACCUGUGACCUCCCUGGCAUCUAUUACUUCAGCUACCAUGUGCACUGCAAGGGCACCAACGUUUGGGUCGGCCUGUACCGCAACGGGGAGCCAGUGAUGUACACCUACGAUGAGUACAAGAAGGGCUUCCUGGACCAGGCGUCAGGCAGUGCAGUGGUGCCCCUGCAACCAGGGGACACGGUGCACAUCCAGCUGCCCUCGGAGCAGGCCGCCGGGCUGUACGCCGGCCAGUACGUCCACUCGUCCUUCUCUGGGUUCCUGCUCUACCCAAUGUAGAGUGAGAGAGAGAGAGAGAGAGAGA